AUGAAAGUCUCGAAAGUCCCGAAGAUGCAGAUGAUUCUUUCUCACUCGAUUUGCUGUUCCAUGAGACCGGAGGUAAACCUUCCAAUUUCCAAUACUUUUAUAUGUCCAUUCACGGUAAAUUUAUUUGUACAAUCGCAGCACCCACAAACACAUCUCACUCUCCAGAUGAUAUGGAGUCUGCAUGA